AUGUCCGCCCCCGACAUCCCAAAGAAACACAAAGCAGUCAUCUACGACAAACCUGGCACAAUCAGCACAAAAAUCGUCGAACUCGACACCCCCACCCCCGGCCCCGGCGAAGUCCUCAUCAACCUCACCCACUCCGGAGUCUGCCACUCGGACAUAGGCAUCAUGACCAACAGCUGGAAAGCCCUUCCCCACCCUACUCAAGAAGGCCAAGUCGGCGGCCACGAAGGUGUAGGCAAAAUCGUAGCCAUGGGUCCUGGAACCGAAAGUGCUGCUGUGAAAAUCGGGCAGAGGGUGGGUGUAAAGUGGAUAUCUGCCAUUUGUGGAGGGUGUCCGGCGUGUUUGAGUGGUCAUGAUGGUGUGUGUUUUAAUCAAAAGGUGUCUGGUUAUUAUACACCUGGUACUUAUCAGCAGUAUGUGUUGGGUCCUGCGGAUUAUGUCACGCCUAUUCCUGAUGAAUUGGAUUCUGCGGCUGCUGCUCCCAUGCUUUGCGCAGGCGUAACAGUCUACUCGGCCUUCAGAAAAUCCACCGCCCAAUCCGGCGACUUUGUCGUCCUCCUCGGCGCCGGCGGCGGCCUCGGCCACAUCGCCACUCAAAUGGGCUCGCGAGGCAUGGGAAUGCGCAUCAUCGGCAUCGACCACGGCAGCAAAAAAGACUUGGUUCUAGAGUCCGGCGCCGAGCACUUUAUCGACCACACAACCUCCAAAGACGUCACCGCAGACGUUCAAGCUCUGACGGGUGGUCUGGGUGCACAGGCUGUGUUGGUGCUUACAGCUGCCAAUGGUGCGUAUGCUAGUGGUAUGCAGUUGCUCAAGUUUGGAGGUACGUUGGUUUGUGUGGGGUUGCCAGAGGGUGAACUUAGGCCUAUUGCGACUUGUUUCCCCCAAGUAAUGGUUGCAAAGGAGCAGAGGGUUGUGGGAUCUGCUGUUGGCAACAGAAAGGAAGCCAUCGAGACGCUGGAUCUGGCUGCCAGAGGCAUCAUCAAGACACACUAUAGGACUGCCAAGAUGGAUGAGUUGACGAGCAUCUUUGAGGACAUGGACAAGGGAAAGAUUGCUGGUAGAGUCGUUUUGGACUUGCAGUAA